AUGAAUUUGGUUCUCUACUUUUUUCUUUCAACUGCAUCGGUUCUGCACUUUGUUCUUUCCAUUAACUUGGAUCAAUAUCACCCUGAAGAACGAGAUGCGUUAUUGCAGCUAAGGGAUUCUAUGACUUGCUCUUUAAACUUGCAUUCAAAUUGGACUGGACCACCUUGUAUUGCAAAUUUUAGCAGAUGGGCUGGCAUUGUUUGUUCAAAUUGGCGUGUAAUUCACCUUGUCCUUGAAGGAAUCCAGCUUUCAGGUUCUCUCCCGCCUGCAUUCCUGUACAACAUUUCUUUAUUGACUAAACUCAGCUUCAGAAACAAUUCAGUCUCUGGACCACUUCCUAAUCUCACCAAUCUUGUUCACUUGGAAUCUGUCUUCCUUUCUUACAACCGAUUUACGGGUUCAAUUCCUUCUGACUAUAUUCAAUUGCCAAAUCUGAAACAUCUAGAGUUUCAGCAGAACUAUUUAGAGGGUCAAAUUCCGCCUUUUGAUCAGCGCACAUUGACAGAUUUCAAUGUUUCUUACAAUUAUCUUCAAGGCUCAAUUCCUUCAACAGACACUCUUUUAAGGUUACCAGAGAGCUCCUACGGUCAUAACUUGAAUCUUUGUGGUUUUCCUUUGGAGCCAUGCCCAGUUCCAUCUCCGUCUCCGGCUUCGGCCAUUUUUUCACCACCUCCUCCCACUCCUGUAAGACCAGGGCAGGACAAGAAAAAGAAACUUGAAAUUUGGAUCGUUGUUUUAAUUGCAGCACUCGCCGCCUUAGUUCCAUUCAUGGUUUUUGUCGUUGUCCUGUGUUGUUACAAGAAGUUGCACGGAAAAGAAACAGCAAAAGAACCACGAGCAGGGGGUGGCCCUGCAGGAUGGACAGAAAAGAAAUUGCUGCAUUCCCAAAGCACAGGGGAUCCUGAAAGAAGGGUGGAGUUGGAAUUUUUCGACAGGAAUAUAGCAGUCUUUGACUUGGAUGAUUUGCUAAGGGCAUCUGCAGAAGUGUUAGGAAAGGGGAAACAUGGCACUACCUACAAAGCAAACCUGGAAUCUGGUGCUGUUGUUGCCGUUAAGAGACUUAAAAACAUGGACGGCUUGGGCAAGAAGGAAUUUAUCCAGCAGAUGCAGCUGCUGGGAAAGUUAAGGCACGAAAACCUGGUGCAGAUUAUUUCUUUUUACUACUCCAAAGAGGAAAAGCUGGUUGUCUAUGAAUUUGUACCUAAUGGCAAUCUGUUUGAGCUAUUGCAUGAGAAUAGAGGGGUUGGAAGAGUACCUUUGAAUUGGGCUGCUAGAUUGUCUAUUAUCAAAGAUAUAGCGAAGGGUCUAGAAUUCCUCCACCGAUCCUUACCCUCUCACAAGGUGCCCCAUGCCAAUCUCAAAUCAUCUAAUGUACUAAUCCAUCAAGAUGGCCAAAGCUACUCCAAGCUCACAAACUAUGGCUACUUGCCGCUGCUGCCUUCUCGGAAAUUCUCUCAAGGGCUAGCAAUUGGCAGGUCACCAGAAUUGUCCCAAGGGAAGAAGCUGACACACAAAACAGAUGUAUACUGCUUUGGAAUUAUCCUACUAGAGGUCAUUACCGGGAGGAUUCCGGGCGAAGUUUCCCCAAGAAAAGAUGAAAUAGUUGAGGAUCUUUCUGACUGGGUUCGCACGGUGGUUAACAAUGAUUGGUCUACAGAUAUAUUAGACGUAGAGAUAUUGGCAGCAAGAGAAGGCCAUGAUGAGAUGUUGAAGCUUACAGAGAUAGCUCUCCAGUGUGCAGAUGUGACACCAGAGACACGGCCAAAUAUGAGUGAAGUAAUGAGAAGGAUAGAAGAGAUUGAGCAAAAAAAUUAAAAAAAAAAAAAAAAAAGACCAAUUAAUUAUGCACUGUCAGCUAGUGAAGCAUUACACGGAUACUUGCAGACUCAAAUUGGGUCAAAUUUUUUACAA